AUGGAAACAAUCAGUGCAUCUGUCAAACUUGCAGCUAUUACCUGCAGUAGGCUGCUAAACUUCAUCAACAGAGAAACGAUGGAAGAGGAAUAUCGGACAGAGAUGAAGACUAACAUCAGCAUUAACAUGAGUUCAUCAGCAGAGAAACAAAACCUAGCCAGACCUCAUAUUAAGAUUGAGGAGGGUUUCAAAGAAGGACAAACUGAUCGACAUGAGCGUGCCGACACUUGGGAGAAAACACACUGCUGUGACCAGUGUGAGCAGAGCUUCUGUUCCUCAACAUGUCUAAAGUGUCAUCAGUCUAUCAACACUGGAGAGAAGCUGUACACCUGUGAGCAGUGUGGGACGAGUUUUACUCAAUCUGGAAAUAUAAAGAUACAUGAGCGCAUUCAUACCGCAGAAAAGCUGUACACCUGUGAGCAGUGCGGGAAGAGUUUUAGUCAAUCUGGAGAUUUAAAGAAACAUCAGCGUACUCACACUGGAGAGAAACCGUACAUCUGUGACCAGUGCGGGAAGAGUUUUGCUCAGUCUGGAGACUUAAAGAAACAUCAGCGCACUCACACUGGAGAGAAGCCGUACACCUGUGACCAGUGUGGAAAGAGUUUUACUCAGUUUGGACAUUUAAAGAUGCAUCAGCGCAUUCAUACUGGAGAGAGGCCGUACAUCUGUGACCAGUGCGGGAAGAGUUUUACUCACUCUGGACAUUUAAAGGUGCAUCAGCGCAUUCAUACUGGAGAGAAGCCGUACAUCUGUGACCAGUGUGGGAAGAGUUUUACUCAGUCUGGACAUUUAAAGCUGCAUCAGCGCAUUCAUACUGGAGAGAAGCCGUACAUCUUUGACCAGUGCGGGAAGAGUUUUGCUCACUCUGGAGACUUAAAGAAACAUCAGCGUUCUCAUACCGGACAGAAGCCGUACACCUGUGAGCAGUGUGGAAAGAGUUUUACUGUAUCUGGACAUUUAAAGACACAUCAGCGCAUUCAUACUGGAGAGAAGCCGUACACUUGUGAGCAGUGCGGAAAGAGUUUUACCCGAUCUGGACAUUUAAAGAUGCAUCAGCGCAUUCAUACUGGAGAGAAGCCGUACAUCUGUGAGAAGUGCGGGAAGAGUUUUACUCAGUCAGGACAUUUAAAUAAGCAUCAGCGUACUCAUACUGGAGAAAAGCCGUAUAUCUGUGACCAGUGCGGGAAGAGUUUUGCUCACUCUGGAGACUUAAAGAAACAUCAGUGCACUCACACUGGAGAGAAGCCGUACACUUGUGAGCAGUGCGGAAAGAGUUUUACCCGAUCUGGACAUUUACAGAUGCAUCAGCGCAUUCAUACUGGAGAGAAGCCGUACAUCUGUGACCAGUGCGGGAAGAGUUUUACUCAGUCAGGACAUUUAAAGAAACAUCAGCGCAGUCAUACUGGAGAGAAGCCGUACACCUGUGACCAGUGUGGAAAGAGUUUUACUGGAUCUGGACAUUUAAAGAUGCAUCAGCGCAUACAUACUGGAGAGAAGCCGUACAUCUGUGACCAGUGCGGGAAGAGUUUUACUCAGUCUGGACAUUUAAAGAUGCAUCAGCCCACUCAUACCGGAGAUAAGCUUCUCACCUGUGAGCAGUGCAGGAAGUUUCACUUGAUGAGACACAUUGAAGAAACAUCAGCUCACUCACACUGUGUGUAG